CGUGGAACUGUAAAAACAAGAAAAUAAAACAUUAAAGAAUAAUGAAGACUACAUUAAUUUUAUUAAGCCUUGUUGCUUUAACUUUCGGAAAAAUCAUCCCAGGAAAACUAGAAGAUGGCACAGUUGAGGUCGAAGCAGCACAAAACUUUAACAAUUAUUAUCAAAAUUUGAUGAAUCUAAACCCAAAUGAACGAGAAAUGCUUGGCUUGACAAUGAACAGAGACUUUGCAGGAUAUCCAAAUGAUCCUAUGAUGGGUCAAUAUUCUCCAAUGGAUCAAAUGAUGAUGCAAGGACAAUACCCUUCUAUGGAUUUUAUGAAUUAUCCAGCAAUGAACAUGGGAAUGUAUCCAGGAAUGAUGGGUGGAAACUAUCAAAAUAUGGGAAUGGGUGGAAAUUACCCCAACAUGAUGAUGCCAAAUUUCAAUUCAUAUCCUGGAUAUCAAGGAGUUGCUAAAACUAACGCAUGUGGUUGUACUAGCACUUGUGGAAUGCGUUGCAUGUGGUGGAGCUGCACACCAUGCGUUCCAUGUCCAAUUUGUCCAGAAGAAACAACAACGGUAGAGCAAACAACAACAACAACAACCACAUUAGCUACACUCCCAACAGUUCCUCAAGAAUUAGAGACUACGACCCUCCCACCUUCAAAUUCAUGUCCAUGUGUUAGAGUUUGCCCACCUUGCCUUCCGUGGUUCCCAUGCAAUCCUUGUUCCUGUCCAUGCCAAGCUCCAGAUAAUAACACACCAGUAACAACAACGUCUACGCAAGCACCAAUAAGAAACAAUCCACCAAGAAAUAAUAACAAUAACGUCAUUACCAACAACAAUCCAAGCAAUAGAAAUAACUGUCAAUGUAUUUGUGCUCCAUGCCCACUUUGGCAAGAUUGCCCACCAUGUCCAAAAACAUGUCCGUGCUAUUAGGACUGAUAACUGAUACUUUAAAGACAUUCCCACCGAUGUGCUUAAUUUAAGACAAUAAAAUAAAAUAAAAACAGAUGAAAACUAUGAA